CGUGAUCGCCCUUCUCAUUCCAGCAUUGUGAGGUCGCAGUCGAUCUUCUGCUCCGCCUACAUCUACUCCAUCUCCUAUCCUCCACCUCCCGGUUUCCGCCACCAACCGCCACCUUCUGCCCAGACACGAAAACUUUGCGCUCGUCUAUCGCGGCUAUUGCAUUCUCUCACAUCGCCGACUCUCGCAAUAGGCCAUCCCGUUCUGUUCCCAACGGCCCGUGUUUCGCCACCCCGCCACCUCGCUUGUCUGUGCUCUGUGCGGGGGGCAAACGAGCCACUUGCGACAGAGAAGUUGGACGUCAAGGGUCAAGAUAAAAAAGAUAUUUUCAGCCACGAGCCUCAGAAGCAAAACGCAAAACGCAAAAGCACAAUCGACACGGGUUGAGGCUACGGAACAAUGCCCCCGGCCGCGCGAAACCCAACCAAUUGGGACCAGUACGAUGGCCGACCUUCGCCUACUGGUAGUUUGACGUCGAGCGCCCUCGCCGAGGAGCAGGCGCUGCUCGAUGACGAUGAUAACGACAACGGUGGUGAACUCGACGCUGCCAACCGCGCCAGCGGCGCAUUCAUGAGUCGCAGAAGGUCCUCCGUCACAAACCACCUUGCUGCCAUUGCCGACAUUGGAGGCGUCAAUAGCUUCAGAUCUUUCGCCCGGAGCUGGCAAAGGGCCGCAGGCUUCCCUGAAGUCAUUCCCCGACGCCCGAGCUUCGUCUACGUCCCGGAUCAAGACGCCGAGAACGUCCAGUAUGGUCGCAGCCACGUCGACAACGCCGCGUCGGGACCUCACACGAGCUUGCUGAGGCAACAUCUUGAGGCCUCGAGCCAAGAUGAUGAGGCCAGCGCCAGUUACGGCUCGUCGCCGAUUCUCGUGCGAGACAGCUUCCGAGAGCGCGAGAGCAAGCCCUUGCUUGAUCCCGAGAUGGCGGCCGGCGCAUUGCCUACCGGGUCUCCGUCCAGUCGGUCCAGCAUAUUUGCCGUUCCACCGCACCUCGCGACGCCGUCCAUUAUUGGAAGCUAUGGCUCGCACUACGGCACCAUCGACAGCACGAUGCGCCACCGCCUCUCCGUCGGGCAGGCUCCCGCCUGGAUUGGCGAAGACGAGGAGGACGGCGAGGGCGCUGCCCAUGGCGAGCACCAGCCCAUCCUCGUCAAGGAGGUCAAGGAGGGCGACAAAGUGGUGCUGGCAGUCGAGGGACAAAGCACUCUCCCCCAGUCCGUAUUCAACUCCAUCAACGCCAUCAUCGGCGUCGGCCUGCUCAGUCUGCCUCUGGCUUUCCGGAUGAGCGGUUGGAUUCCGGGCCUCUUCAUCCUCACCCUCACGGCAGCCGUCACAUCCCACACCGGAAAGCUGCUGGCCAAGUGCAUGGACUACGACCGGACCCUCAUCACCUACUCCGACUUGGCCUACGUCUCGUUUGGAGCUCGGGCGCGAGUUGUCGUCUCGGCCCUGUUCACGCUGGAGCUCAUCAGCGCCAAUGUCGCCCUCGUCAUCCUCUUUGCCGACUCCCUCGAUCUGUUGCUCCCAGGCUUUGCGACGGUCAACAUUUGGAAGUGCACGGCAGCCGUCCUAGUUCUGAUGCUCAAUGCCAUGCCCCUGCGCUUCCUCAGCUACACCAGCGUAAUUGGCAUCUUCUCCACAUUUUGCAUUGUUUGCAUCGUCGUCAUUGACGGCCUGAUGAAACCGCAUACGCCGGGUUCGCUCAGGGAACCAGCUGUCACGUACCUGUUGCCUGAGAACUGGCUUGCCCUUCCCCUGGCAUAUGGACUUCUUGCUAGCCCUUGGGGCGCUCACUCCGUUUUCCCUUCGAUCUAUCGUGAUAUGCGUCACCCUUACAAGUGGAAGAAGGCAGUCAACGUCACAUUUUCCUUCUCGUACGUCCUAGACACUUGUCUAGCCGUCAUUGGCGUGCUCAUGUUUGGAGACGGGAUCCGCGAGGCCAUCACAUCCAACAUUCUCAAGACGUCGGGAUACCCCGAUGGUCUCACGGUUCUGAUGUGCGUUUUCAUCGCCAUCAUCCCCCUAACCAAAAUCCCUCUCAACUCGCGUCCCAUCAUCACAACUCUAGACGUCAUCUGUGGGGUGCACCAGGACCAUCACCACCAUCACGGACAGCCCCUGGACGGGGCCUCAACCAUGGCCACGCAGAUCACUCGAGGCUUUGUACGCGUCUUUGUGGUGGUGCUCCUGCUCUGCAUCUCCAUCGUGAUACCGUCGUUCGAUUCGGUCUGCGCGUUCCUGGGCGCGGCCCUUUGCACACUCAUCUCUAUCAUCCUGCCCAUCUCAUUCCACUUGAAAUUGUUCUGGAAGGACAUCUCCGUGCGAGAGCGGUUGGUUUCGUGGGUUCUCCUGGUUGUUUUUGGAAUUCUGGGUACGCUGGGUACGGUCUGGACGUUUUUGCCGAAGCAUCUCAUUGGCGCUGAUUAAACACGGCUGGCUGGGUGGCUGGCUUUUGGCUUGUGUUUGUGUUUGUGUUUGUGUUUUGGGUCGCCUUCACUUGCAUGGACAUGGGAGUUGGGUUGCUGCUUUUGGAUCGAUCAUGUCUGAAGUAUUCAUUGGUGGGCGCUGGGUGAUGUAAUGUGAGAGUUGCCGGGGAGAUGAUGCUAUGUGUAUGUAUGAGGUACAGAUACAGGGAGGGAAUCACAGUACGAGGCACAUGUCAUAUCUAGCAUGUCGAUCAUCAUGAAUACUUUGGGGCCUCAAAGAGUACGUGUCGGCACGUCAACCUAUUAGCUUUAUGCCUUCAUAUAUAGCUGUUGGUACAGUACGAAAGACAUGCACACUAAACACAAU